GAUGCACUGAACUGUAAUCACACAUACUUUUGGCCAUCGACACAUAUUGUAAAUGACUAAUCUCGUGCUACCCGUCCACAACUGUAGUUCUCUCAUAUAUUAUUCAUCCCACUGAAGGUUUAAGUCUGCCUUUACGAUCGAAGCGUGGUGAUCAAGUCUUCCAAGAUUCCAUUUGCUAAUAUAAGGAUGUCAAUUUCACGAAGGCUAAGAKGAUUUAUAAACAUUUGAUGUGUUGGUCGGCUGACAGAGAUCAAGAAUCAGCUUGUGGUUGUUUUGUCAAUAAAUUAACGGCUAUCAAAGUAUUUUAACCUAAACUCGGACCACCGGUAGCGAAAAUAUCGAGACAAAAUGUCGACUACAGAAUAUACACCGUUAAACGAUACAGACGAUGAAAACACUUCGAAAGAAAAAGAAGGGACUGGYGAAAGAAAACAAUCACUAUUAGAGAAUGUCUUAGGAAAAACUGGUUAUCCCAUGAGUGUUUGGUUUAUUUUGGGAAAUGAGUUCUGUGAAAGAUUCUCCUAUUAUGGGAUGCACGCUAUUUUAGUCAUCUAUCUUACACACAUGCUUAAAUUGAGUGGCGAUAAAGCAACAGCAAUCUAUCAUGCAUUCAAUAUGUUGUGCUACUUUAGUCCUUUACUUGGAGCAAUUCUAGCAGAUAGCUGGCUUGGAAAAUACAAGACCAUUCUUUAUGUAUCAAUUAUCUAUGCCAUUGGUAAUAUUGUGGUUGCUGUGACAUCAAUACCAGCUAUACUGGCAAAAGUCAAAUUGACUGGUGUUAUGAUUGGUCUGCUUCUUAUUGCUAUUGGUACAGGAGGAAUAAAGCCAUGUGUAUCAGCAUUUGGUGGUGAUCAGUUCACUGCAGCUCAGGAACGACUUCUUCAAAGUUUUUUCUCAAUAUUUUACUUUGCCAUUAAUCUUGGAAGUCUUUUAUCAAUGAUAAUUACACCAAUAUUGAGAGGUGAUGUUAAUUGUUUUGGUGCCAAUUGUUAUCCARUGGCGUUUGGUGUUCCUGCUAUAUUAAUGAUUGCAUCUGUAGGAUUGUUCUGGUGUGGACGCAAGAAGUACAAGAUUGUUCCUCCGGAGGGUAAUGUUGUAACGCUGGUGGUUUGUGCUGUAGGGUAUGCCAUUAAAAGGCGAUUCAACAAUAAAGAUAAAAACGAAAAGAAAGAACAUUGGAUGGACUGGGCGCAGGACAAAUARGGGGAAAAGAUGGUCAGUGACAUCAAAGCACUUUUCAAGGUSCUCUUCAUGUUUUUACCUAUGCCUGUAUUCUGGACGCUUUUUGAUCAACAGGGAUCUCGUUGGACUCUCCAAGCAGAAGAAAUGGAUGGUGAUAUUGGUGCUCUUGGAACACUCAAACCUGACCAAGUACAGGCACUCAAUCCAGUGUUUAUUCUUYUUCUUAUCCCAAUAUUUGAAUACAUCGUAUACCCUCUUCUUAGCAAAUGCAAUCUUCUCGUAAAGCCUCUGCAACGUAUGUGUGCCGGAAUGUUGUUGGCAGCAUUGUCCUUCGUAUUUGCGGCGUUUUUGCAAAUGGCUGUGCAACGUAGCCGUCUUCAUGUCGUUGAACCACCAAACGGAUUUGCAAAUCUCAAGAUUAUKAAUGCUGCUCCUUGUUCUUUAAGUGUAUCUGGCCUUGAACUUGAUACAACCAUUCCUGUUGAUGAGGUUUCAAAAUAUUUACACAUUCCUGUGACCCUUGACUCACUUAAAGUCGAAGGUAAAGACUGCCCGUCACCAUUGAAAAAGACUUUUCCACUAAAAGUAGACGAACAUAGUGUUUCUACCUUUGUCAUUGGCACACAAAAGGACCAACUUGUUGGACAGAAGUUAACCGACGCCAUUGCUCCUUUAAAAGCUGGAGUGGUCAAAGUUAGAUUCGUGUAUCUUGGCGGAAAUAUUGCUGAUAAAGUUGAUAUUAGCCUCAACAAAACCCUYAAGUACACUGGAAUUACCGACCUAAUGCCAGAUACUCAAUACAACAAGAUUCUAUCAGAACACUAUAAUGUACGAGUUAGAAGAUUCAAUCAAACUGAAGUACUUUUGAAGAAACGAUUGUACUUUGGAAAUGGAGGUGUUUUCACAGUUGUGGUUCAUGAGAAUCCUAAAUCCCCAGGAAAGCUUGAGAUGACGAAAUACACCGAUGUCAAACCAAUGAGUAUAUCGAUGUUAUGGCAGGUUCCACAAUACCUUACUCUAACUAGUGGAGAAGUGCUUUUCUCAAUUACUGGUCUUGAAUUCGCCUAUUCGCAGGCUCCAGUAAGUAUGAAGUCCUGUAUUAUGGCUGGUUGGCUGUUAACGGUCUCUAUUGGAAACGCUAUUGUUGUUAUAUUUGCUGAAGCUCGAGUGACCAAAAAUAUGGCCCACGAGUUUUUCUUUUUCGCUGGUUUAUUGGCGAUUGUGAUGAUAAUCUUCAUGAUAAUGUCUUACUUCUAUAAGUACGCCUACUACUCCGUUAAUGGAGUCAAAACCGAAGAAGACGAAGGCGGAGAAACCGUUCCCCUUACAGAAACAUCGCCAGAACAUUCAUGAUAAACCUGGACAACCAAGUAAUCUAAUUAAUCACUGUGAAAAAGCUGUUCGAAUUCAAAAUGAUAGCUAGCAAAAUAGAUAAUCGAGAAUUGCUGGUUUUUAGUUYACCCUCAAGGCGGCUAUGAUGGUGGUACUGCAAUAGAAAAAUUUAUUUUAAUAAUGUCUGUAUAUGUUAAUAACAGAAAAUGGGAACGUUUUGGCCACUUUUYGCAUCUUGCUGUUGUUUAGAGAAUGACUUAAAACCUGCAGUGUCUCGCAAUAUCUACCAUACCACCGUAUGUGRACACAUUUUUUCGCUGAUUAUUUUUUUAURGCCGCUCGUAGAUUCCAAACAAAGUUGUUGRUGUUUSGUAUUCGUUAAUCAUUUUCGUCACAUUGAUAAGCUAUUUUUUUCAUGAUAAUUUUCCUAAACAAGCCAUGAGGAGUGAAUGGCGUAUUGUAAUAGUUUUGAAUUGAACAGUUUUAUGGAUCAUAAGAAGAUAUGAGACUGCGUGACGUCGCGAGCGCAACUCCUACUGAAAAGCGUGACGUAACGUGAAAUUGAGCGCGAAAACGAUGCCGCGGCCGCGCGUCUUAAUCAUGGAUCAUGUUCCGUGCGAACUAUGGUGCGAAUGAUGGUCGAUUUGGUUACCAGAAAAUUAUGGCGACAAUUAUGUUUGUACAGAGUUUUAAUCGUAAUACGAAUGAAUUCAAUGAAAUUAGUGGGGGGUUUAGAUCUUAGCGAAGACGAUUGUACUGAUAUCGCCGCCAUUAUAAAAUAAUGCGACACCCAAAAUAUGAUUUUAGGCUAUUAACCAAUUGCUCAAUUAAAUCAUAUAAAUUUGCAAYAGCUGUACAGCUCUAUUCUGAAUUUCUCGAUUAGUACUACCUUGACAUCCCUGGCGGCCGUAUCAGAAUAAUGGUCAUUGCAUGACAGAGAAUUUCUUUAGUUUAUUUACAACUAAGCUUAUAUAUUUAUAGAUAUUGCUCAAAGCACUAUAUUGCCAAUGCUUGCCAAGCACUGAUUUUAACUGAUAAUGUUAUCUUUUUUAAUGCAUUUUCUCUGAAAUAACAAAUCGGGAAAYAAACAAUUAUCCAAAAUUUAUUUUUAUUGAAUGCACUUUUAAGMAAUCAAUACGUUAAAUUAAUUAAUCACGAAUUAACUCAUAUAGUACUGUAAAAAAUAUAUAUGAUUAUUAGUAUGGGAAAUCAGUGCAUCUUGUGAAGUAACCGUUAGACAGGUUGGAGAUAUAAAUAAUAAUAAAGCCACUUAACUUGUA